AUGGACCCCGCCUUGAAGACUCACAAGCGGAAGCGCUCUCACGAUAGACGUAGCAGGGAAGACUUGCAACAACUGAAACAAAAAAAACGCAAUGUCAGCCAUGAGCGUGGGGAUGAGCGAGUUAACAUGGUGGAUGUGGCAAGCUCCAAAUCAAUACCACCAGCUUCUCAUUCUUCAGCUAAGGCUGUACCAUCUCGUUCUGAAAAGAUUUCCAGCCUCCUGAGAGCUCUGGAUGAGGUUUUAGAUGAGAAUGAUGCAGAUGAUACUCUGAACCUAAUUGGAGAUGAAGUCCGGAACAAAUGUCGGGACCUUCAAACCACCAUACAGAGCAUAUCCAACAUUGAUCCUCCAUCAGGUCCCCGCUCACAUGAUCGCGGAAUAGCAUCGACCUUGUCAGCUCAUAUCACACCUUGGAAAGCUUCGGAAAUACGCAACUCUUUCCCUCCGCUGCCCGCAAUCUUGGACAGCACCCUCGAGGAAGCCACCUUCUGCCAUCCGAGUGCUUCGACGGCCAAGUUUAUGUUUAUGAACUAUGAACAUCUCGAAUGGGUUGGUGACGCAUAUAUUGAAAUGCUUACCACGCUUUUAAUCUCUCAAUCAUUUCAAAAUCUCAAUCCAGGCAAAUUAACAGAACUCCGCGAACGCCUAAUUAAAAACGCCCAACUUGAAAAAUAUUCUCGGCAUUACGGCUUCGAUAAGCGUUUAACUCUUAACAUAAAUCCUGACUCGAUGGGAAAAGAUGUUAUGGUAAAGAUCAUGGGCGAUGUAUUUGAAGCUUACGUCGCUGCGGUUAUCCUUUCAGAUCCUGUGAAUGGCUUUAGCAGAGCUGCGGACUGGCUGAAGAAUCUUUGGGGUGUGACUCUGAAAAAGGAAAUUGCUGCCGAAGAGAGGAGAGAAAAGAUGCAUCUAAACCCCAUGUGGAAUUUGGUAGGGAGUGCAAGGCAGGCUUUGGUGCUAUCGACUUCUUACAAUUCCAAGGAUCAGCUACAGCAGGCACUGGGGGGCAAAGGGAUCAGAUUAGAAUAUCGAGAGGUUGCACCCCCGUCCAAGGACCGGCACACAGAUGUUCCGAUUUAUACUGUUGGCAUUUUUCUAGAAGGAUGGGGUGCGAAGGGCUUGUCUCUUGGGCGCGGAAGUGCUCGGUCGAAGAAAGAGGCUGGCAUGAAAGCUGCAGAGAUGGCUAUGAAAAACAAGAAGCUGCUAGCACCGUAUGUGGAGAAGAAGAAGCUAUUCGAUGCACAAGUGGAGUUGGAGAGACAAGCAUUAGAAGUGGCACAAGCAGCCGGAAGCAUUUCUACGUAG